AUGGAAAACUACAAAGCAUUCAUGCGAUCGCCCCCAUUUCACUUUCUUAUUGGACCUGAUCGACAAAAGCUGACAAUCCACGCCGGUCUUGUUCAUGGAUUAUCCGCUCCUCUAGACUCUAUGAUUAACAACGGUUGCAUGACAGAGGCGACAUCCAGAACCGCUACAAUAGAGGACAUUGAUGAGGACACUUUUAUCGCUUUUUGUGAGUUUGGUUACAAAGGAAAUUAUACUACGCCCUGCCGGAAAGAACACGAGGACGAUAAUAACGCCGGUACAGAAGAUGGAACAAGAUUGAUUGAGAGAAGCACCCAACAGGCGGAACAGAAUCCUGGAUCAGAGCCACUGGAACAGGAACCAGAGCCAGAACCAGAACCUGUCCCAGUGUUGGAACCAGAAACGAUCUACUCCUAUAAGUGGGAUGCAUUGACUCCAAAGGCCCAAAGGAAAAAGCAUCGCUCGCCGCCCCCGCUAGAGAUUGAAAUCGAGAACUCGAUCUAUAUUCGGAGUCCAUAUGAACGGAGGUGGAGCAAAUUCAGAGGUCUUCGGUUUACUGGAGAUGAGGCUACAAUUUCUCCUAAUCCGGACCUUCUCGCCCAUGCGAAGAUAUAUAUUUUCGCGACACGAUAUCUUGUCGACACAUUACGAGAACAGAGCUUAAAGUCACUUCAUCGCGACCUCUCCGGUCUUUCACUCAGCGGGGAAACUAUACCACACCUCCUGGAUCUUCUUGAAUAUACAUAUGAGCAGACAGGCAGACAAGAACCAGGUGGAUGCUCUCUUAGAGAUCUAGUCACCCACUAUGUUUCAUGCGAAGUGCGGACGCUUAUUGAAAUAACCCGAUUUCGGCAAAUGUUGGAUGAGUAUGGAGAGAUGGCAUCUGAGCUUGUUGUAAAGCUCGUCCAAUAA